GUGCUGGUGCAGCAGCGUUUCUUCGCAGGCCCUUCCUCGGCCUCUCUUGCUCACGCCGCGCAGGAGACAGCAGCUCUCCGCCUCGCCAUGGCCGGCAGCUUCAGCCAGGCUCUUGCUCUUCUCGCGUUGCUCCUGCUGGGAUGCCAAGAGGCGCGGCUUGAGCAGGAGCUGCGUUUCAAGCCUGUGCCCCGGCAGAAGCCCGUCAGGCUCUUCACCGACACCGAGCUGGCCAGGUACAACGGGCAGGAGGAGGGUCAGCCUAUCUACAUAGCCAUUAAAGGAGUGGUGUUUGAUGUUACUUCUGGAAAAGAGUUUUAUGGAAAAGGAGCCUCAUACAAUGCACUAGUUGGGAAGGAUUCAACUCAGGGAAUUGCAAAGAUGUCCCUUGAUCCUGCGGAUCUCACUCAUGAUACAACUGGACUCACUGCAGAAGAGCUGCAAUCUCUGGAUGAAACCUUCAAUAAUGUCUACAAAGCCAAGUAUCCCAUUGUUGGCUACACUGCCCAAAGAAUUCUCAAUGAGGAUGGCAGCCCCAAUUCAAAUUUCAAACCCGAAGAUCAGCCACAUUUCAAUAUUAAGGAUGAGUUUUGACCAAUGAAUGAAUUCCAGUAAUCCAUGGAUGCUCACCUUGUUUUACGUCACAAUAAGGACAGAAAACUGACUUUGUUAUCAAAAAUAGGAACGUGACUUUGAAUGAAUAGCAUGGCGUGCCCACAUUUCUGAAGUCUUUCUGGAUAAAGCUAUGUACAACAUUA